GAUAUCUCUCCCCUCCAUCUCUUCACGACUGAGACUUUAGUUGCUGGACUGUCGUUGUUCUUCACCAUCGCUCACGGCGGCCAUCCAUCCUCCCACCCACCCCUCCACCCCAUCCACCUAUCCCUGCGUCCAGUGCACAUACGUGCUCGCCCACUUGCAUCCAACUCCCCACUUUUUCUCCACAGAAUGCCUCGUCGAGCAUGGCCCAACAUUGUGCUGACAGGCACACCAGGAGUAGGCAAAUCGACCCACGCAACGCAGCUCCACGCACGUCUUCCAGCUCUGGAACAGAUCGACGUGACAUCUCUGUGCAAAUCCAACCAUUUCACCCUGAAUUACGACGAGGCGUGGGAUACGUUUGAGGUGGAUGAAGAUAAAUUGUUGGAUUUCUUGGAGGAAAAGUGCGGCUUUGAGCCUGUGGAGGUGGAGGAUGGUGGGAGUGUGCAAGAGGAUGAGGAUGAGAAGGAGAAGGAGAAGGAGAGGAAAGGAGGAACGAUUUUGGAUUGGCAUACCUGCGACGCUUAUCCCGAAAGGUGGGUCGAUCUCGUCGUCGUCCUCACAUGCGACCACGCCAUCCUCUGGGAAAGGCUCGAAAAGCGCAAUUAUCCCCUAGCCAAGAUCCAAGAGAACAACAGCGCGGAAAUCAUGCAAGUCGUGCUUUCCGAAGCUCACGAAGCUUACGACGAGCAGAUCGUCGUUGCGCUCAAGAGCGAGAAUGCGGAGCAGGUAGAGGAAAAUGUGGAGCGCAUCGUAGCUUGGGUCGACGCAUGGAGGAGACAGAGGGGUUUGUCUGGUGUUUGAACACCGCGAUAACUCUACCGUCAGUCCCACCAUCCCCCCCC